AAACUAUCUCCUAGUAGAGGAAUGUUCAAGUGCUGUGAAGUGUGUAGAAGCCAUAAGCUGCUCUUCGGUUAACCAGAGUCCAUGAAGUAUAAGUAACUUUAACAAUGAUUUGUCAGUCGUAUGCAGGCAGGCUGAGCACUUGCAGCUUAACCAAGUGAUCCAGAACUCUGAAAAUAAAUCUUGUCCUGGCAUGCUAUCGUCUCCGUUGCAUAGCCUUGAUGUGAAAGAGUUGACUACUUACGGAGGUUUACAAAUGAGGACCACCUGGCUGUUCAUAAACUCAAGCAUGAAAUGACACUGAAAUUUGGUCCUGCCAGAACGGAUUCAGUCAUCAUAGCAGAUCAGACGCCGACACCAACUCGUUUUUUGAAGAACUGUGAGGAAGUUGGCCUCUUCAAUGAGUUGGCAAGUUCAUUUGAACAUGACUUCAAGAAAGCCACAGAAGAUGAUGAGAAAAAGUGUUCCGGACCCCUCGAUAUGUCUCUACCUUCUACCCCAGACAUCAAAAUAAAAGAGGAAGAACCAGUUGAAGUGGACUCUUCCCCUCCAGACAGUCCGGUAGCGAGUCCACAGUCACCGCAGGCCAAGGAGAAGGAGAGUGCUUCAAAGCCUGUUAUCCUUUCUACGCCUACUCCAACCAUUGUACGACCUGGGUCACUUCCACUGCACUUAGGAUAUGAUCCUCUGCAUCCCACUCUCCCUUCUCCAACUUCUGUCAUCACCCAAGCUCCACCUUCCAACAGACAGCUUGGAUCUCCCACCAGCUCUGUACCACUUGUCAUGCACCUUGUGAAUGGACAGACCAUGCCCGUCCUUCCUGGCCCUCCCGUUCAGAUGCCUUCUGUCAUAUCGCUGGCAAGGCCUAUAUCUGUGGUGCCAAACAUUCCUGGUAUUCCCGGCCCUCCAAUUAUCAGCAGCGGCUCCAUUUCACCAUCAGGCCUUCCAUUGCACUCAGAAGCUAAAAUGAGGCUAAAAGCCAGCCUGACGCAAGGAGUUACUUCCUCACUAAAUGGCAGUGGCAUGGUGGUGGGUUCAGCAAGCACAAUGGUGACGUCUCAUCCUGAACAGGGUCAGAUACUCAUCCAGCAUCCUGAUGCACCUUCUCCAGCCCAACCACAGGUUUCCCCAGCUCAGCCCACGCCUAGCACAGGAGGCAGACGGAGACGCACAAUGGACGAAGAUCCAGACGAACGCAGGCAGCGUUUCCUGGAACGGAACCGGGCUGCCGCCUCCCGCUGCCGCCAGAAGCGCAAGCUCUGGGUGUCAUCCUUGGAGAAGAAGGCGGAGGAGCUCACAACGCAGAACAUCCAACUAAGUAAUGAAGUUACAUUAUUACGGAAUGAAGUUGCUCAACUCAAACAGCUUCUGUUGGCUCACAAAGACUGCCCUGUCACUGCAUUACAGAAGAAAACACAAGGUUAUCUCGAAAGCCCCAAGGAGAGUUCUGAGCCCACAGGUUCGCCGGCUCCUGUCAUCCAGCACAGUUCUGUGACGGCCUCUCCCAACGGACUGGCUGUCCGCUCUGCAGCCGAAGCUGUCGCCACAUCAGUCCUCACUCAGAUGGCAAGCCAAAGGACAGAACUGAACGUGCCCAUACAGUCACACGUCAUUAUGGCUCCCCACUCCCAGUCUGCUGGCAGAUGAUGUCGCAAAAUGUGUGACAUAGAACUAACCAAUAAGAACUUGCAGCUGGAGAGACUGAUCAUAACUAAGCCCCUCGAUCAAUAUGGGGUGGAUACAUUUUUGUUUUUUCGUUUUUUCUUAAAGUGAGUUAAGGGCAGCUACGGAGCUUCUAACUAAGUAUAUCCCCAUUCACAUCCUGGCCCAAAGUAGUACGAUGACCAUCCUGUUUCUAAAGGAUGGUUUCAAAAUGAGCAGCUUCGCCACCCCUUAGGGACGAUCGGCCGUCGUAUGGAGUCAACAGUACACUUAGCCUUGCUCAGUGUGGUCUUAAAUGGUUAAUGUUCAGGUAUAAGUUCCACUAACACUAAGCCUCCUUUAGCUUGGUUACUUAUGGUGCUUUUCUCAAGCUGGCCGCUUUUUAGCAAAGGGAAGCAGCUCUUAGGAGAGGCUG